UAGACAAUCUAUGAGCACAGAGUCAAUUCAACGUAGGCUAUAAACUAUACAAGAGUCAAAGCAUGUUGCCGUGGCGACCGUUGGGGCGGGUCUUCCUGGUUGUGUCACCUCUGAUGGGGGUGAUUAUGCUGGCCCUACACCAGCGAUCGCAGUUGGACCGGAGAGCGACGCGUCACGGAAACCACAUCAGUGACCAGCAGGCUGCCGACAGGUGCGGCUUCAGGGUGCAGUCCGAUGCCUUCACCCGGGUAGCGGGCUCCAAGACGCUGCUGAUCAACGCGUUCCGUGAGCACCGCACGGCCAACGCGAGCGUUCGGCUAAUCGCCAUCGUUCCGCAGGCGGAGCGCGCGCUGUCGAGUCGCUGUGUGUUUUGCUGCAGAGAGCGAGGAGAGGUGGUUACCGUGGCAGCCAAGCGCACCACGCACCCGUCCAACUACUUUUUUGCCUACGGGACGGGAGACUUCCUGUGCCCGAUGCCCUCUGGCUGCCAGCCCAGGUACGUCGGGCUGGUGUCGGAGGACGGCGAGGACCUCUCCGACCUCACCCUCCUGCCCGUCCUGAACCGGCGCGCCCCAGAGCGCUCCCGAAUGCCCCUGAACUUCACGCUCUGCAUGCCCAGCCUGUUCAACCACUACGACAACGUGCUGCAGUUCGUCCAGGCGAUGGAGCUCUACCAGCUGCUAGGUAUCCAAAAGGCCUUCCUAUACAAGACGAGCUGCUCCGCUCCCAUGGAAACGGUGCUUCAGUACUACUCCGGCAAAGUGGGUUUUCUUCAGGUGUUGCCCUGGCCAAUCAGCUCCCACUUGAAACCUUCCUCCAGCUGGCUUCCGUCGACUUCGCCCGGGGAUAUCCACUACUACGGCCAGAUCCCCGCCAACAACGACUGUCUCUACAGGAACAUGCACCAGUCCCGAUACGUCCUCAUGCACGACCCAGAUGAGGUGAUCGUACCCACCGGCAACGUGUCUUUUCAAACGUUGAUGUCUGAUCUGGAGAAAGCCCAUGGCGAGAACGUCAACUUCUACUUUCCCAACAACAUUUUCCGUCUGGAGGAAAAGGAGGAAAACAGCAAGUAUGACCUUCCGGAGUGGAAGCACCUUCCCGGCACCAACUUCCUGUUGCACACGCUGAGGGAGACGGACGGGGCGGGCGGGAAGCUGGUCCUGGAUCCACGCAGCGUCCUCCAGAUGGAGGUCCACGCCGUCCAGGCACACUUCAACAAAGGCCGCACAGAGACGAUUGGUUCAGAGCAGGGCCUCCUCCACCACGUCCGCCGGAGGAAGAACAGCCAGCAGAAGAGUGACCUGGUCCGGGAAGAGGGGCUGCUGAAGAUGGCUCCGGCUCUAGUCCAACGGGUCAACCGCGCCCUGAGCAGCAUGGGUCUCCUCAACACCUCCCACGGCCCGGCACCCCACUGAUGACACCCCCAAACGUACAUUUUCGAUCCUCUGUGAGCUGUGGAUGACGGAUAAGAUCCCCCCCCCCCCCGGUGGAACAACGGCACUGACGCAAGCGAGAAGAGAUGCCCCUCUCUUGUCCCUCUCUCGCUCCCUCGCCACAUUCGGCGGGUGGCGAGCCUCCGGCUGCAGGCGUUCUCUACCUGGGGAGAUCAGAACGGCGGGGCAGCGGUUCAUCAGCCGCCCACGACAGAGUGGUACCCUACUCUGCCGAGACACCUCCUCCACCGGCAUAACUUAACUACACCUCUCACACAACGACUACAACUAUAGCUAGUUUGGCUCGUUCGGCUAGUACAAUCUAUUGACUCAUGAUGGCAAGGAUUAGAGAUGCUCCGAUAGAUCGGACGCCUAUCAGGAUCGGCAGCUAUUGGACGAUCACGUGACGUAAAUUACUCGCGCAGCUUUUUUUUCCCCCUGCAUGCGGCGCACGCGGAACUUGCCAGCGGCAGCAUUAGUUCUCCCGUCUACAACAUUGUGCUGCACUGCCAGGAUUACAAGGGGGCGCUGUAAAGUUGGCAAAGGAGGCGGUUUUACGUUCAGUGUUGUUUACUGAGAACUUGCAUAACUCUUUGUAGCUUUACCCUACAUACAACAGUAUGCGCGCAGGCACAUUUCAGUACCGUAUAUGACAGUCACAGUCAGCAGAGGCUUUGGUGACCGCAUCAACGCCUCGUGCCCACUGCCUCCGUCCGUUGACUGAUCCCCAUUGACUUUGAAUGGGGACGGACGCGCAAUGCAUUGUGGAGCCGUGCGCUGAAGGCUCCGUCAAAAAGUUGAAAGAUUUUCAACUUUUUCGGCAGCGACGGAUCCGUCAUCCAAUCAGAUCGCGUAUGCAAAUGUGUGCAAUGUCUCGGGCUCUGAUGACCCCGGAAAGCUCCCCCAUCCGUCAGCCAUGCCUUCCGACGUCCUUUGACUGACGGUGCAGUGGGCAUGAGGUGUUAGCUGUAUGUUUCAGUCAAGGGGGAUCCAAAGAGGAGUAUCGGAACCAAAAAUGGUGCUUGCCGCCUAUCCAGAUUAUAGAUAAAAUAUAUGUCAGAUUCCCAUUCCCCUUCCAUUCUGUGAUCGGCAGUGAUCGGCAAUCGGCAGAUCUUGUUUUUGGUAAUCGGUGAUCGGAGCAUCUCUAGCUAGUACUAUCUGUAAGAGCCCUUUUCCUGUUUUCCAUAACCCUAACCCUAACCCUGGGGUUAAGGUUAGGGUUUUAUACCUUUUAUACCUGUGGGGGCACAGGUAUAAAGGGUACUUCAUUUGGGUUACCUCUGUUGUUUGACCCCGGAAGGGCAUACGGUUUUUGACUGCUAGAAGUACCAUAUUUACAGUUGUUAUGUCACUGAGGACCUAUCUGAAUGUAUUCCGUAUUCACAUGCAAUAGGUGUCAUGGUGAGGAAAUAAACGAGUUGCAAACCGGA